GAACAAGUGCGACCGGAAAGGCUGCAGCAGUCAUGGCGUCCUCCGCGGCGACUCGAGCCGCCGCUUCCACCGCUAAAGUCGUUAAACCGAUUUUAAGCCGAGACCUGGACGAAGCUAAGCGCAGGGUCCGGGAGCUGUACCGAGCCUGGUACCGAGAGGUGCCCAACACAGUGUCACUGUUUCAGCUGGACAUCACAACACGUCAGGGAAGAGACAAAGUGAAGGAGAUGUUCGACAAAAACAAGCACGUCACGGACCCGCGCGUGAUCGACAUGUUGGUCAUUAAGGGGAAGAUGGAGCUCCAGGAAACGAUCAACGUCUGGAAGCAGAAGACCCACGUGAUGCGCUAUUUCCACGAGACCGAGGAGCCUCGUCCCACCGACUUCCUGUCCAAAUUCUACCGAGGUCACGACCCGUGAACUGUGUAGCUGUGCCCUGACCUCUGACCUCUCUCUACAUAGCUUGUGUCCAGUGUGACCGAUGUUCCCCUUGGCUGUAAAUACACACUUUAACACCCACAUA